ACACCGGUUUCAGCGAAAGACGUUUAUGCAUCGUCAGAUUUACAAUUUAGAUAUUUAUAAACCUAAAUUAUUAAACCAUUUACUAGAUAAACCUCCGUAUUACUAAUAAUAUAGCACUAUAGAUAUUAGUAAAUUAAUAAAUCUAUUUUGAGAAUUAUUUGUGUCGGUUAGACGAAAUUAUUGUACAUCUGGCAUGUUUAGAAAGAAAAUGGCCUGGUUUUCAAAAAGUGUGAGUGGAGAUCUUCGUCGUCUGUGGGUGUCUGAAGGUGGGUUGAUCGCCAGCUGGACCUCUGCGGAGUACCUGUUCAGUGCAGAUGCGUCCUGCCCUGACACACGACGGGUUUUUGAAAGUGCAGACUAUGUAGAUGACAGGGUGGCAGUUUUCCACAGCUCAUGCCUUUCUGCAUGUGAGCAGCGCCAGAACAUGGAGUCAUUGACUGCUGGCCACUAUCUGCUUCCCCCAGCAUGUGUUCAGAAAGAAGUUAAAGCAGCAGUUGGAUGCUUCAUUUGGGAGCAAGAGGACAACCAUAACAUGUUACAGAUGGGACAGUGUGGCUGUGAAAACCAAGAACCUCAGACUAGCUACAAAGCACUCAAGAUGGAAAACCCAGGGAAAAAAAUUCUCUGUUGUAAUACGCAACAUUAUCCUACCAACAACAAGAUCACAGGGUAUGUUUCAGUAAAUGACCUGAAAAGGUAUCCUGGGGAGCUGCAUGACUUCCGUCCAGGCUGUUCUGGGUUUUCACUGGCUAAAGUUUCCAUGGAAAACACCAUAGCCAUUGAUACGACGAGGAAGUCCAAGCUACCAGGAACCCCUUCUGUUACUUAUAAUCUCUUUAGCAAACCAAAGGAGUAAGAAAAUAUGUAUGACACAUAUGUCAAGGCAAUUGUCACUGAAAUAUAAAGAACCAAUUUAGACUUCUGGAAAGGUUUUUUUAUGUAUACAGGUGCAACCCCUCAAUAAUAAAAGAUAAGAAAGCUAUAUAUUGUUUAAUAAAUAUCUCUUUUAAACUUU